AUGUCCGCUUCCACUGGCCUUCUACUGAACGGCGUUCUGCCGACCUCUCUGCAACCCGUCAAUGAGGCUUUGGAAUAUGAGAAGAUACUGAGGAUUCGCGACGAGGUAUUUUCUGGAAGUCAUCCUAGAUUGACAGUGCCAGCCCAUGCCCUCCGAGUGCCUGCUUCUCAGACCCCAUCGACCCUUUCUCAGAACCAAUUGAAUGUACCUCCUCCGUUUCCUCCAAGCGCAUCUCCCAGCCAUCUUGGGGCUGCUGCUCAGGCCAAGCGUGAAGAUGAGAACACCCAAGCUCAAACCAAAUCAAACGGUGUUUCCGUCGCGACUGCCACUCAACCUACCAGUAAUGUUUCUGAAUUUGACCCUGUCCUUUUGACAAAGUCGGAUGAUCUAGUUCGGGCCGAGACACAGCUGAAGCGACAACGACUUGAGCGAGCAUUGAGAGAACAAUUUGAACAUAGAAAAGCAGAUGCCCGCAAGAAACCUGCGCCCGCCGAGGCGAAACCGGACUUUGACCUACCCGCCAUUUUUGCCAGAGUGACGGGUGCUGUCAGGUCCCCGUCUUCCAAGGAAGAUGCCGAUGCUACAGACUCCUUCGACGAAGAUGCCUACUAUUCUAGCAAAGCCCCCGAUUCGACGCCCGAGAGACCUCCCAGCGACUCUGUUGAGGACGCUGAUGAAGAGCAGGCAGAUGAACCCUCGGGGCCGCGCGUCGUUAGCGCCGUCAUGGGCGCGCCGCUGUACGCCGAUGCUGCGGAUGGCAUCUCCGCCGAAGCUGUGCCGCCUGCGCCUGCUACCGUCCAACCUCCAAAGCCUGUUGCGACCAUCGAUACUUCGGCGAUGGGCAUUGAUGAGGAUGAAGAGGAAGGAGAGUAUUCGCCCCCAGAAGCCAUGGUGCAAUACCCCACUCCCAAGGUCACUCAAGCACAGGAAAUGCAGGACAGUAGAGAUCCACGCGGUCGCCCCCUGCGCAGAUACUCGGAACUGGAAGACGGUGGGGUCAGGCCUGGUUCGCCCUCGGAAGCCAACAUGCGGAUAGUAAGGAACCAUAUCACCUCUCCCAUUUGCCCUCAACCGUCCCAUGUCUCGCCUCUGGCUAUAACUAAGGAUUCUCCCCUAUUACAGAAUGCACGUCCGCGCCGGAAACAAUGGAUUGGCAGACCAGGAUCUCCCCCAAGUCCUGAUGAUAACCAAGCAUUGCCCCCUAAGAAGAAGAGAAAGCUCGAGGCUCGGGAGGCUCGCAAUGCACGCAAGGCCCGAAAAAAUGGCUUGACUUCUCCCGAUGUCAAGGAGGAGGACGUGUCCCCACCACCCUUCCACGACGUCCAGCCACUUGGUUCGGGCAGGUUCCGAUCUAGCAGAGCGGAUCGGCCCAUUGUCAUUGAUGACGAACCAGUUCAAGAAGGGCGUUACAUACCCGCUCCUGAACGGUAUGUGGAAUCUCCCUCGCGACCACUUCCACGCCGGGUUGAACAAUUGAUGCCUUUGAGUGAGCCUCGCCCGUUGUCCAGGUCCAGUGUGAGACCAGCUAGAGACGACCAGGACUUGCGUCGCGUGGCAAGUAUGCAGAGUCUGCGAGCUGAACAACCGCGAGAAUACGUCGACCAAUACUACGAGACGCCUACGCGCACACGUGCAAUGUCUUAUGCUCGAGUGGAAAGUCCUGCCUUGAUGGAACCAGGCCGCCCUCUCCGCGAGGUUGCCGUCGAUUAUGAUCAGCCUCCUCCGGAGGUGAGAGUGGUACGCACACCGGCACCUGUUUAUCGGGAUGUCUACGACGAUCGUGACGGCACUUAUCAUCGUUACACCGUCGAGCCUAUGGCGCCACCACCACCUCCCGUCGAAAGAAUUCUCAUCGACCAGUACGGCAGGAAAUUUCGCAUUGAGGAGCGGCCCUCCGUUGUCCCUCGAGCAAUGUCAGUUCGUGGUGCCGAAGCGGAGCCGCGGUAUGAAGAAUAUCCACGACAAGCCCGUGCAGGCUCAGUCUUCGUCGAGGCAGCACCGGACAGAGCGUAUGCCACCGAGAUGGCCCCACCACCAGUCUCAUAUCAUCGUCUCGCCGAGCAACCUGUAAUGUCCGCUGUGCCUGGACCCGCUCAUCGAGAAUACAUUGAGUCGGCGCCACCAAGACGAAGCUCCAGUGUCCAGGUGAUGGAUCGCCCAGCACGACAAGCCGUUUACGCUGAUGAGCGGACCGAAUACCGCGAGCCCAUUCGGAUGGGAAGCGUGCGGCCACCGCCGGCACUACGGUACGAAGAACCCCAACCGAUGGGACUCGUGACACGUGGACAGAGCAUGCGUCCUGUCGGCCGCGAAGGAAGUGUCUUUGUGGAUGAUAGACGGCCGGUCCUACCGGAAUAUGUUCCUGUAGACCAACCUCGAUACCGACCAAUGGAGCCAGAGAGGAGGUAUGUCAAUAGCGAAGACAGGGAGAGACUCACGAUGGAUGGAUCAAUGGAUGGCAGACACCGAGUAAUGGAGAGGUACUGA